CGCAAUUCUUGCACGCCUUUCGGUAGUUUGCUAUUACUGUUUUUGAUUUAACAAAAAUUAAUGGAUUCUUCUGAAGAAGAAGCCGAUUUUGAUAUUGUCGUCAAUAACAAUGAGGUACAACCUUACAUGUUUGAGCCUUUGGCCAACGCGGAAGGUGGUCAUAGUAAUGACAAUUCUUCGUCAUCGGAAAGCGAAGAUGAAUACAUUCACAGAAUUGGAAAUGUUGAAUGGUGCGAGUGUGGCUUUUGUGUGGUCAUGAGUACAGGACGGGAAAGUAUAUGUUGCCAAGAGGUAAACAACACUGAUCCUCUGAUACAUGGCGAUCAUAUUUGCAUCACACAAGAGGAAGCUGUCUUAAAAACAGCUAUGGUCGUGUACACACAUGACAUUGGACCUAUGCCUGAGAGUGAAGAAAACGAAGCAUUACGCUACACGGCGUACCGACAGUGGACGGCUUGGGUGCAUGGCAGGUUGGGAAAAAAGUACCGACUACCCAUACCUGUGUACAAAAUCGGGAAAGCAUUUCCUUCGCCUUCUGGAGAAUACAAAGGAUUUGAAUAUGCUCAACACUACUGAAUGCGAGAUUUAUGUUGCUUAAUGGCUUCAGCUUUGCUGAUUUUUGAUUUGUGGUGAGUCAAUGGGACAGGUAUUUCUUUCACUCCAGCGACAUCAAGAGCUUUGGAGAGUGUUGGAUUAAUGCGUCUGCAGUACAAAACUUCUUUCAUCAAGUCCUUAACAUAUCCUGAAAAGCAAAUCAUUAUUUAUGUUGGCUUUGCAUUGCACUUUGAGAAAA